GAGUUGAUUGGAAAUCUCUUACAAUACCGGCAUGUUUGCCCAUAACUACGGAUUAUUUUCCUGACAAACGUUCGCUGCACAAUGAUUAUGUUAUAUCCGAUUAUACACUCCUGCCGGACGAUGUAAAUUUGGAUUAUGCCAAAAGUCGUGCCAUCUAUCGAAAACCGUUGACAACUGAGGAGGUUUGUACUGAAAUUGUUUCGCAACGUUUGGCUCAGGGCUUCCAGCUGAUUGUUAUCGAAGAGAAGCCUAAUGCUCCAGCUCAGGCGCCCUGUUGUGGUGGUUUGAAACAACAGAAGCCAACAUCCGUGUUGCAUAUGAAACCCGACAAUGAAGAGACCAAAGAAUAUUUAUUAUCAAUAGGUCGUAUAUUUCAUAAAAUAACAUUAAAUGGAUCGGUAAUAACGGUGACUGGUUAUAGGCCAAGACAUCCAUACCCACCAAUAAAUGUCGAUUACCGUUAUCGAUUUCAUGCUCCUCAACAUGAAACCUAUGAAAUAUCUGGAGUUAAUUUUACCACGGAGAAGUUGGAAAAUUUCAAUUGGAAUUAUAUGGAUCAUUAUAUAUGUACUCGAGGAGAUACGGAUUAUCCAUUAAUGGAGAGCUUAAAAUAUUGGCGUUUCCGUAUGUAUUUGUUGCCGAAGGAAAAUAAAGCUAUGAAUAAAAUUAUGGAACAGGGAUGUCAGUACUGUGAUGUAUUUACCGAACCGACACCGGAAAGUGCCAAACAGCAAGUUGAGGAUUUUAUGCGUUUUAUGGAAGUUCACAUUAACAAACUGAAACGGCGUAAAGCACGCGAUAGUCCUACCGCACAAAGUCAUCUAACAAGACGGCGCCACAGUACCAGCAUAAUUUCCAGACCUCCGCCUAAUCAGGGUCUCACUAAUUCUCCCUUUCGUGAAAGAGUUGGCAGUAAUCGUUUACCGGAAAAACGACCAAGUAGUAUACGUUCAACUGUGGUUAAACCGGAGCGUGUAGGUGGUCGUAUUAUCCAUCCCGCCGCCGAUGCAGCAGCUGUUGCCUUAAACGCUUCGGAUUCCAAUGCCCCACAUGAUGAUUAUGACGAAAAUUCGACAACGGAAAUAAAAUUACGUCCCAAUGCCACACUAAAUGAAAUAUUCGAGGCAAUGAAACAUCCGAUACAUGGCGUUGCCUUUAUAUCGCAAACACAAAGCCUGCCCUCAUACACAUUUGUAUCAUUCGAUGCCCUGAUGUGGCUGAAAAACAAUUUGGACAAUAGUCGAAAUCCCUUGGACAUAUUGGAGAAUAUGAGAAAGGAAAAAAUGAUAUGUCAUGCAUCGGGGGAUUUCAAUAAACCAGUUAUACCGGGUUUCUAUUUAUAUUUUAUAGCUCAACAGGAUAAAAAUGCCAAAGAUUAUGCUAAGCCUCUCAACGAUUUAAGUGCUUUUGAAAAUGAAUGGAUGGAAAUUGAGCUGGCAGGCUGCAGUCAUUUAUGGACAGAUGAAACAAUACUGCCUCGCAUACCGAAUUUCCUCAAGGAUAUUCCUUCGCCUCAAUCAUGGACAGAAACGUCUAAAAAUAAAAAAAUAUACCGGCAUUCACAUCUGGAAAUCGAUGUUAAUCAAAAAAGUGAACGUAUGGAGUGGGGUCAUGUUAAAUAUCAUACUGUGAUGCAAACUGGUUUUGCAUUUGAAAUUGUGGUGCAAUGGGUAACGUCAUCUGGUCCCAUUGUAUGGGAUUUGACUAAUGGUUGGAUACGUAAAGCAAAUCAAUGUAACUUUCAAUUAGUACCAGUUCCUGCCGAUCCAAUGGCUGAGCCUUUUACGGAGAAAUCUGAUCCAUUGAGAGGUCCUAUUUUUAUACCCUUAGCUACUCAUGUUUUAAAUUCUGGCGAAGGUUUAUUUGAAGAAUUUCCCGAAGAAUCAAGAGCAGAUCGCAUGCUACAAUUUCAAGAAACAAUUUUGUCACGUUUUGGAUUUCUACCCUGUGUGGUGGAAAAGAAAUUUUCAUUUAACAAAGAUGUUCCCAAAGAAUAUCAGUAUGUUCACUGUUCAGGAAAUAUGUUUGUUCUCAUACGUUGUUCCAAAAAUACCAACUAUCAACUCGAUUCGCCGAGUCGUCAAGAAGCCAAUGUUACAAGAUGUGUUUAUGGUCACACCAACAAUACAAAUGUUCCCAAAAAGAUUGGUUUCCUAUGGGCAUGGAAUCACAUGAUACCAAAUAAAAAAUGGAAAUCUCUGGUUAUUAACAAUUCCUCAGAUGGCGAACUAUUUCAAUUGAAAAUGUUAAAAGACUUUCGUGAAUUCUGUUCAAAUGUCGAUGAUCGUUUGUUGAACUUUUGGAGAUCAUGCCAUGAACUGAAACGUCAAUCGUUAAGUAGUAUUGAAAACAUAAACAACAACAAU